UGGAACACAAACGAGCCGUGACGACUGAUUAAUGGCUUCAGCUACGAGGAGCAGCGGCAGCCCGCAUGUAGAAGAAUGUGAAGGGGGUGGAGUUCGCAGCUUUCACUCCUCCGACGGCUCAUUGCGAGAAGAGAGCUUUCUUUGCAGAACACGGUGAAGUACUUGGCGCACAAACAGGCUACGACCUUCCUCCCCCAUGUAUUCAAUUACAGUUUCAUCACAGGCGUCUGUCACUGACUCUGAGCUUUCUGCCUGGUAUUCCUAGCUGUUUUAUAGUUUGAAAGAACACUUUUGGUGACGCUCAGUCAAUCGGCUCAGACGUUUGUUUCUCCUGACGUUCUACAGCGGUCUCUCCGUUUGACCGAAGGCGUGCGAUUUGUGGAUCUGCUCCAGGGACUUAAACGGGGCCAGGCUGUGCGAACUAGCGGGCUACCCCGAGUCCCGGGCGCUCAUGGAGGGAGACGUUAUGGACAAACUGGACGACAUGGCUUCGGUCUGCGAGUUCGACCCUAUCACGGGAAGCAUUCCUGCCACCAAAGUGGAGAUCACCGUUUCAUGCAGGAAUCUUUUAGAUAAAGAUACGUUCUCCAAAUCGGAUCCAUUAUGUGUCUUGUAUACCCAGGGAGUGGAAUCCAAGCAGUGGAGAGAGUUCGGAAGAACGGAAGUGAUUGACAACACCCUGAACCCAGACUUUGUCAGGAAGUACAUCCUCGACUACUUCUUUGAGGAGAAGCAGAACCUUCGCUUCGACUUAUAUGAUGUUGAUUCCAAAAGUCCUGAUCUGUCAAAACAUGACUUCCUGGGUCAGGUGUUUUGUACCCUUGGAGAAAUAGUGGGGUCGCCAGCCAGUCGCCUGGAGAAGCCACUUGGUGGGAUCCCGGGGAAGAAAUGCGGCACCAUCAUCCUGUCUGCGGAAGAGCUGGGGAACUGCAGAGACAGUGCCACGAUGCAGUUUUGUGCCAACAAACUGGACAAAAAGGACUUCUUCGGGAAGUCCGACCCCUUCAUGGUCUUCUACAGGAGCAACGAAGAUGGAACAUUCACCAUCUGCCACAAGACGGAGGUGGUGAAGAACACACUGAACCCCGUGUGGCAGCCCUUCUCCAUCCCCGUGCGUGCGCUCUGCAACGGCGACUAUGACAGGACGAUCAAGGUGGAGGUGUACGACUGGGACCGGGACGGCAGCCACGACUUCAUCGGAGAAUUCACCACCAGCUACCGAGAGCUGGCACGUGGCCAAAGCCAGUUCAAUGUGUACGAGGUUGUGAAUCCUAAAAAGAAAAUGAAGAAAAAGAAAUAUGUCAAUUCUGGAACGGUGACACUGCUGUCAUUCACAGUGGAAUCUGAGUACACUUUCCUGGACUAUAUCAAAGGAGGGACCCAGAUCCACUUCACUGUGGCCAUUGACUUCACCGCCUCUAACGGUAACCCCUCCCAGUCCACGUCUCUGCACUACAUGAACCCGUACCAGAUGAAUGCCUACGCCAUGGCGCUCAAGGCUGUGGGUGAGAUCAUUCAGGACUACGACAGCGACAAGAUGUUCCCUGCACUGGGAUUCGGCGCAAAGCUGCCCCCGGACGGCCGAGUGUCUCACGAGUUUCCCCUGAAUGGCAAUGUUGAAAACCCAUACUGCAAUGGGAUGGAGGGGAUUUUGGAGGCCUACCACCAGAGUCUUAAGACGGUCCAGCUCUAUGGACCAACCAACUUCGCCCCAGUUGUCAAUCAUGUGGCCAGGUAUGCUGCAGCAGUGCAGGACGGCUCGCAGUACUUCGUCCUCCUCAUCAUCACCGAUGGUGUCAUAUCAGACAUGGCCCAGACCAAGGAGGCCAUCGUAAACGCUGCUAAGCUGCCCAUGUCAAUCAUCAUUGUUGGAGUGGGACAGGCUGAGUUUGAUGCCAUGGUGGAGUUGGAUGGUGAUGAUGUCAGGAUCUCCUCGAGGGGGAAGCUGGCGGAACGGGACAUUGUCCAGUUUGUGCCAUUUCGGGACUACAUGGACCGCACAGGUAACCACGUGCUGAGCAUGGCUCGACUGGCCAAGGAUGUCCUUGCUGAGAUUCCGGACCAGUUCAUAUCCUACAUGAAGUCCCGGGGUAUCAAACCCAACCCAGCCCCGCCCCCCUACACUCCCCCCGGACACACCAUGCACACGCAGAUCUGAGCCACCUUGUCGGGAUCGGUGAGGGGGCGUGACCAUAUGGAGCCCCUUGGAACUCUGGGAUCACUGUGGCAAUGGAACCAGUCCCACAGGAUCUUGCUGAACCUGACGUUCAACGGCACAGUUUUGCUUUUCUGUUCAAUAUUUUAUGUUCUGUUUUGAAAUUUGUUUUAUCAUGGUGAGACAGAAACGAAGGGAUUUCUUUGCUCUGAUGUUUUUGGUGGCUUGGAGAGAUGUGACCAUCAGGGAGAUUUCUUCUUUUUAAGUUUCUUUUGUGGGGAAGAGCACAUAUGGAGAACAGGAGGGGCGGAGCAGGAGAAGGAGAAGGGGGGGGAUGGAGGGCUGGUGUCAGUGGUUUACAGUCUUGGCUGUCUGUGGUUGUCUAAAUGU